AUGCAGUUCACCGCCCUCUUCCUCUCCCUCGUCGCCGUCGCCAGCGCUGCUCCCGCUGAGCUCGUCGGCCGCGACGCCACCACCUGCGGCAGCAACUACUACUCCGCCAAGCAGGUCGACGCUGCUUCCAACGCUGCCUGCAACUACGUCCAGAACGGCGGCACCGCCGGCAGCUCGACGUACCCUCACAAGUACAACAACUACGAGGGCUUCAGCUUCCCCGUCGACGGCCCCUACUACGAGUUCCCCAUCAAGAAGAGCGGUGUCUACACUGGCGGCUCCCCCGGUGCCGACCGUGUCAUCAUCAACAGCCAGUGCCAGGAGGCCGGCGCCAUCACCCACACCGGCGCCAGCGGCAACAACUUUGUCGGCUGCUCAGGCACGUCUUAA